UAGGGAGCGAUUUGGAAGUCGCCACGUAUUGUUAACCAGUACAGGCUUUGCGUCAAGUCGGAAAGUUACUACAAUUUUAGUACAGAUCAUCAUUUUCUGUCUUUGUUUGAUUUUCAACGACUGCGCUAUUUCCCAAGGAAUUCUACCGUUUUGUAUCCGCAAGGAGUGAGGCCAGUAGCAAAAUGGCCCAGAGCGACAUAGGCGAUUGGUACCGAGGGAUCCCGCAAAUCACUCGUGGGUGGUUCACCGGUUCUGUGGUGAUUCCACUGGCCGCCAAAUUCGGUCUUCUGAACCCCAUGUGGUUAAUUCUCACCUUUCAACAAGUGGUUUACAGAUUUCAGAUCUGGCGACCUGUUACUGCCCUCUUCUACUACCCCAUUACCCCGAUGACUGGCUUCCACUACCUCAUACAACUCUAUUUCAUGUACAGCUACUCGUGUAGAUUAGAGACGGGUGAGUGCUUUGGGAAGGGGUGGUAAAAAAAAUCUGUUGAAAUUCUCAUGGAUCAUUUCUCGCUCAUAGAUUUCACGACUCCUGGGAUGUUUUUUUCUUCUCAGCUACUGAUGGAUCCGAUGGUGUUGAGCGUGCUGUACGUGUGGUGUCAGCUGAACCGUGACACCAUUGUACAGUUCUGGUUUGGCACGCAGUUCAAGGCCAUGUAUCUACCCUGGGUCCUGGUGGCCUUCAACAUGAUCAUCAGAGGAGCUGGCCUGUCGGAGCUUCUCGGCAUUGUAGUCGGCCACCUGUACUUCUUUCUGAUGUUCAAGUAUCCACAAGACUUUGGUGGUCGUGCCUUCCUUAAAACGCCUGAAAUUCUAUACAAGUACUUUCCCAAUCGCCAAGGUGGAGUGAGCGGAUUCGGUGUGCCGCCCGCGAGCCGGCGCCCUCGGGAUGAGAACAAUGACCAACCUGCUGGGAUGCGACACCGAUGGGGGCAAGGGCACCAGUUAGGGGGACAGUAACCCUACUGGGGUCGAGGGUGCGACGGUCAUGAAUGCAGCAAUAGGGGCCAAACCCAAGACAGACACCGAGAGACAGGCAGGGAGUGUUGUUCAAAUCGUUUGAUUUCACCUUUGAAUAGUUACCCUGAUUGACCCACAGACCUGCGCAGAGUAAGGUUCGGUCAUAUACUAUUAUGCUAUUUGCUUUGUCAUGAAACAGUUGUCAAAAAAUCCGCAUUAACACCAGAAUUUACAAGAAGAGUGUGUGUUGUCCUUGUUACCUGUGCAACCAGUUUGUCUUAAAGAUAUUGUGGUGAAUAAUUACAGAAUGUGUUGAAGCAUUCUAAAAUAAGAAACUUAAAAUGUACCCAGAGAGACCUCUUUAUACCAUAGAUGUGUCCAAUCAUCACAAAACGUGACCCAAAUUCCACGAAUGCCCAGAAGUGCAAGAAUGAGUGGCGGCAGUGAUAUUGUUGAGCCAGUCUCGUCAUUCAUUGGUCAUUGUUGUGUAGCGUUUUAUGAAGAUAAAAGCAAAAUUCUGCAUGCCCGGUGUCUAAGCCAUAAAUGACAGUGUCCAAUGCUACUUUUGAGUACACGCAUUCAGUGUUCACAUCAAUUAUGUUGUUUCUGAGCUCAUGACAAGACACUUGGGGGUGAAUAAAAUGUGCAAGCUGAAUGUUAAACCGCUGAA